AUGGCUCAAGUAGAAGAGAACUAUACUGAAGUGUCAACGUUUAUUAUUGUGGGCUUUCCAGGUCUCCAGCUGGAGUAUUUCCACAUGAUGGCGUGGUUUUUGUUCAUCCUCUAUGUGACCACAGUGGUGGGAAACCUGGUGUUAGUGGUGAUAUUUGCUCUGGAGCACAGUCUCCAGAAGCCCAUGUACAUCAUCAUGGUCAGCCUGGCUCUCUCAGACAUUGGCUUUACCACAGUGGCUUUACCAAAACUUAUUGCUCGCUAUUGGUGGAAUGAUGCGAGUAUUGGCUUUUACACAUGCCAUUUCCAAAGACACAUGAUCCACUAUUUUGGGAGUCUGAACUCCCUGAUUAUGCUGACCAUGGCUGUGGAUCGGUAUCUGGCCGUCAUUUUUCCUCUCAGAUAUCCCAUGCUGAUGUCGGCCCCAACUAUGACAAUCCUGACAGUUUUCUCCUGGUUAGUGGCACACGUCUUCCCUAGUACUACCUCCUAUGUCCUUACCCAGAUAUCUUUUUGUAGAUCAGACCAAAUCAUACAGGCCUUUUGUGACACCAUAUCCCUUACUGCUCUGGCAUGUGGGGAUAAAAGUUAUAUUUCCAGUGCUUCAUACAUCUCUGCAAUGUUUAUUCUUCUUGUUCCUUUGGGCUUUGUGAUAUACUCCUACUUUUGCAUCAUAAUCUCAGUCUUUCACAUGACCAGCGGACAGGGCAGAAGGAAGACCUUAUCAACGUGUGCCACCCAGGGCUGCAUCAUUUCAAUCUACUACGUACCACGGUUCUUCGUCUACUCCUCAUCAAAGAUUCCUAACAUAAACAUGACCCCGGGCAGCCAAAUAGCCACAACCUUUUUCUACAGCUUCUUCCCUCCAGUCAUAAACCCGUUUGUGUACUGUCUGAGAACCAAGGAGAUCCAGGCAAUAUUGAGCCGCUGGGUUCAGAGAUUACAGGUUUUUCAGCGCAAGUCCAACAAAACGGCCACUGUUCCCAAAGUAACAUGA